AUGGACUCUCGAUCCGUGGCCACUGAGGGUCUUUUACACGCCGAUCGCUGCACUGCCAAGUAUGUAGGACGCGCUGUACAUCGUGCAGACGCUGCUUGCUUCCGCUCGAGUCGUGCAGCAGCAGCUAGUGCGCCAUUUACAUUGCCCCGCAUCUUCUACUAUGAAACUCGGAUUAUGGCUACAUCCCCCACCCCCGAAUUAGCAGCUAAUUCGCUACCUGCGAGACUUAAUACACAAGCGUCGCCGACGAUCGAUCGCACUGUUGUAGCACAACAUCAAGACGCAGAUAUGCCAUCGGCUCAAAGCUGGAGACGAAGUCCAAGCCUUCAGUCUAGAAACACUGAAGACAUGUUGAGUUCUACCAGUACUGACUUGAUGCCUGUGGAAAGACCGAUGAGGUUUAGUGUAUCUUCUACGGCUCAGUGGGCUGAGCAACUGCAGUCCAUUAUUAAUCGACGCCAAGUCAGACUUAGCAAGGACAAAAAAAAGUUUAAACACGAAAUUGCAGUCGGAUUUAUUGUAUUGGACAAGGAAGAGCGUAAAAGUGCGGCUUGGGAUCAACAUUACUCGUCAAGUACGAGUUAUUCUAGGUCGGACAGUGUUUUGGACGCUAGAGUGCCACGUGUGGAAGUCAAGCAAACAAUGCGAGGAACAAUAUCGGACAUGGUGGUUGGAGGCGAGUCGAAAAAGGGAAUUGCAAAGUAUAAGACAAAGACGCGGCCUGCGAUUUUUCAUGAAGAUUUGCAACAAAUGGUUAAUUCGGUGGCAUACGUGGGCAAAACUGGUCAUGUGGUCUCUCAUCAACAAAAGUAUCUACAAUGUCAACGAUAUGGAGCUGGAGACGUCGUGGGGUGUGGAAUUCUCUUUGACACGAAUACAUUCUUUUUUACGCGGAAUGGCAGCUUAGUAGGCCUGCUGGCAGCUGCGGAUGUACGUAAUUUGGACAAUUUUGGAGAAGAUUCGGACUUGGAAGAAGAAAAGAGUGGCGCAGAUGACUCGGAGUCUUACGGCGAAGAUAAAAAGGACGGUGUGGUGGCUGACGAAGGCACGCGGACCACACUGGACAGUAUCGAUGUUGCUGAUACGGAAGAGACCGGUGACCAUUGUGAGGUCAAGAAUGUACUGUACCCGUGUGUAAGCCUUCACGGUGUGGGCGAAUGUGUACGCGCAGUAUUCAAAGCUGACGCUUUUCUGUUUGAUUUGCCAAAAUUUGAACGGCAGAUCCAAAAAAAUCGCCAAGAGGCAUUGAUAGCAGAUCGUGAAAGACGCAGAAAAAGUGGCAAUGGAAGUGAAACUGAUCAUUCCGAGCGCAAGACCGAAAGUAGAGUAAAUGAACUCGUGCAGGAUUUUCUUCUGUAUCAUGGCUACGAAAGUGCGUACGAGACGUUUAAAGCAGCCCUUGAGCCUUCGAAACGGCAAUGUCUGUCGUCAGGCGGUAUGGAAGUAGUCAGCAAGAAUGAAGCUGAAGCAAGUGUUGUGAGCAGCGCUGGAGAUAUGGACGGUGAUCAUGAACGAGAAGUCGUGAAGUUCAGUCACGCGCAGUCGAGUUUGCACUUUGUCAAGAAGAAACAGAUGCGUGAGUCUCUGAGCUUACGCCAUGAAGUGCGCGAGCACAUUCGUUGCUGUCGUACAGCACAGGCAUUAGCAUUGCUCGAGCAACAUGAGCCUGCACUCGCGACAAUUCAGACAGGCCGCUAUUUUUGCCGAAUGAGAAAAAUCAUACAGUCAUGUCGGAUCCUGUGUGUUGUCGACAUCUUGACCCAUGGAGGGGAGGCAAAGAUAGUCGCUUCUUCGUCGCUAGCAUUGAAUGGCGCAUCAGAGUUGAUGACAAUCGAGAAAGGCAGAUGCAAUGGAUGGAAUUCCGAAAUGGCGAUUGAGUUUGCACGACAGGUAUUUGGGUCUUCUAGCGAGAUCACGACUAAAGGAAAGCGUAAAAGACCAGGCCUCAACAGUGGAGCACAGAAGCAAAGUGGGGACACAACCGACGUCGCGCUAGCCAUGAGUUUGCUCCUUUACGGCCAGCGUGACACGAUACCUAAAUCGAGUCGUGCUCGUAGAUUCCUGACGCCAGAGUUUCGCGAGUCGGUAGCCGAGCAAUUAAACGAAUUACUGCUGAUGUAUAACAAUGGCGCGGAGAUAGCACCGCCAGCAUCAGCGCUUGUAACGUUUAUGGAAGACCAUGAAAAAGUACGAAUGAAGUGUUUAGAACGAGGGUGUCGUGUAUAUCCGGAAAGUGAUAGCAACGGCGUAAGUAAGAUCAUGUCGGGUCGACGUAAAGUCUCAGUAUCUUCCAACGUGGACAAGUUUUCAUCGUCCUCGAGUGAACAGGACGAUCAUUCAGCCGAUGAAGACGAUGACGACGAUGAGGAGUAA